AUGCAGCAGCGUCACGCAUACACUCGGAAACUGCAAGAGCAACAAGGACAGGAGUUAUACACCACCAACCUGAGCAUCGCCACGUUCGCUUAUUGCCUGCUCAAUUUAUGGUCGCCGUCUAAGAUUCCCAGGUUUAUGAAACGGAACGUUUGGAAGGUGGUGGUGAUAUAUUUUGCUUCACAUGACUCGAUCGAUACCGACAGUGCCGAGAUUGCGAAUUAUUUACAGCAGAAUUACAGAAAGCGUAGCAAUGAGCCAGAAGUGAUCGACUGCAGUUCUGACAGCGAGGCAUAUUUAGACGAUCAUGAAGAAAUUUGCAAAUUUGUUAUGCACAUCAAGCAUCCCGAAUUGUACGCGAAACUCGGCAUUCAGCCAUCCUGCGGAUUUCUGCUUCACGGACCUCCGGGUAGUGGAAAAACGCUUUUAGCUGAAGCCGUCGCUGGUGAACUGGCUCUGCCUUUUAUGAAGCUAGCCGGCACCGAAAUUAUUUCUGGUGUCAGCGGAGAGUCAGAAAAGAAAAUUCGUGACCUAUUUAUUCAGGCUACGACAUCUGCUCCAUGCGUUCUCUUCAUUGAUGAAGUUGACGCGAUAUCGCCGCGGAGAGAGAAUGCCACUCGUGAGAUGGAACGAAGGAUUGUCUCACAAUUGCUGUCUUGUUUGGAUGAAGUUGCUUCGGACAAACUUCGAUUAGAGCCGAACUUUAACUUCCUUCAGUUGGCUCGUCUUUGUCCCGGUUAUGUCGGAGCAGAUUUGGUGGCACUGAUUCGCGAAGCCAGCGUCUGUGCUGUAGACAGGUAG